CACAAAAAUGAAACACUGCAGCAUUUUGAUUUUUAGCCUAAUACAAAAUUAUCAGUUAUCCCUUGAAUUUCGUCAGGGAUUCAAUCCAAGAGGCCAACUCAAAAGACAAUAAACCAAAUGUGAUUGCUAAUGGGCACUGCCUAUAGCUCCCGCAGGUCGACACCACGCUACGGGUACGGGUGCAACCGGCGAUCACAGCAACCGUAUGAUAACUUUCCGGCGAAGCAGUACAGCCAUGGACCGCAUCUGGUGCGACGAAAAUCGCGUGCUCUGGGCUGGAUAGCCUUUCCGGCAGAUAGAAACGCCGCAGGACCAGCCAACUGUAUGCCAACUAUAUCGGGCAGAGGAGGCAACCCCCAGCCAUGCUGUUGUGCAAUGCCACAGACGGGUUGGCAGGAUGCCGCAGCAAUGCAGUGCUGCUGCUCUCCAAUGCCGCCGUUCAUGAUGGGGGAUCAGUAUGCAGAAAUACAAUGCUGCUGCUAUCCGCCAACAGAUCUCGCACAACAACAAUUUAAUUCAGGAUUUGUUUACCCAACGCCUGCACCUCACCAAUCCAUGGACCGUUCAUUCUGCGCUUCGGGACGUAAGAACUCAAAGGCCCGCAGCUUUUCCUCAAAACGUUGCAAGACAAAAGACAAAUGCGCACCCUGUGCGUAUCCAUUGCCUGCGAUCGCUUGUCCCUAUUACCCACCCGGAGGCAAUGGUGCGUCAAUGGGCGGCGAAAAAGUUGCCUGCGCUCCGUCCACACAAGCACAGGGCGUACCGCCCUGCAGCUGUGAUAGCGAAAGACCACCGCAAAAUAAUGUGUCCUUUUCUUCCGGCGCAUCGUGCGCGGAGCCAGGCAGGCGUGGACGCUGUGACAAUGAUUCUGAUAGAUCCGGUCCACACUUUGCCCAGACAAAAGCGCCAAUAGGUCGCAAUAUAGUGGUACGCACAUCCAUCAAUUACGAGCCGAACGAUGAACUCUGCAGUAACACAAGCAGUUGCACACCUCGUCAGUCCAAUAGGGGGGGUACUAGGAUCAUUAAAUGUCCAUAUCGUUGACGUAAAGCAAGCAGAUCUCUGACAGAAAGUAAACCCCAGAAUUACAAUGCAGGUUUCUUGAGCGUCCAUAAAAUAAAUGUCCACGAAAUGAAUAAAACGGAUAACACCAAUAA